AUGUCCUUCGACUUCCAUGACGUCCGGCCCUUUCCUCUUGACCGCAUUGGAGACAGACAGGCCACUGACGAAGAUGCCCAGGAACAUUGUCGCAUCUGCCGUGGCGAAGCCUCUCCCCACCAACCCCUCUACUACCCUUGCAAAUGCAGUGGCAGCAUCAAGUUUGUUCACCAGGAGUGUUUGAAAGAAUGGCUCUCGCAUUCUCAGAAGAAAUACUGUGAGCUUUGCAAGACGUCCUUCCGAUUCACCAAACUCUACGAUCGGUCCAUGCCACACACUCUGCCUUUCCCCCUGUUUCUGCAUCAGAUCACGAGGCAUGCCCUCUCCGCUUUCCUGCGACACACCCGCUACCUGCUGGUCGGUCUGGUAUGGUUGUGCUGUCUGCCGUGGUCUAUCAGGCAGAUAUGGCGUGGAUUGUUCUGGCUGGCCGAUGGGAAUUGGCUGGACGAACAGGACAUCCUCUUGGAACAGAACGCUACUCUCAUUUCCAGCGUUACCCUCGAUCCUGUACAACCGACACUCGAGAUGACCCCGUCCUUUGAAAGGCUCAAUUUCGUCCUGCCGCCCAUGCAACUCUCCCUCGCCGAUAUCACACGCGCCGCCUUCAGCCAAGGCCUUAUUGGGAGAAUGCUCCAACUCAUCUUCACACUCCUCAUUCCAACCUCAACAUCAACCAACGCGAGCCCCUCUUCUCACGCGCCGACCUCACACCGUUCGCCCUCUCUUCUCUCCGACGUCCAAUUCCUGGCCAAUUGUUCCGCUGUCCCUGCCAUCAACCACCUGACCCUCGACGUGGUCGAGGGCCAGCUGAUAUGCAUUUCGCUUGUAACCGCAUUCAUCCUAGUGUUCUUGAUUCGCGAGUGGGUCAUCAACCAGCAGCCUAUUCAUAACAUGCCAGAUCUUGAUGGCCAUGACAAUCCCGUCCCUCCACCCGCUCCCGUCGACCUCAACGCUCCUCCAAUGCAGAGGCUCCGUCGCCAAAACCCUCGCCGUGACCAGGAACCACACGCAGACCGGGCCCCGGUUGACCAAGCACCGCGUCCUAUAGCAAUACCCAGACUCCGCAGAGCUCUUACAGAUGAUAAUCUUCUGAAUGAUAUUCAUGCCGAUCCUCUCGAACGUCCUGGCAUGUCCGUCAGAUCUGAAAGCCUGAUCGCUGACCCAUCUGCACGAGCGGAGACCCGUUCCACAAAUGACUUUGGGGACAGUCCAACCUUGUUUCAGGAGUCCGACUCCCCGUCUUUUAGCCGAAGGGCCUUGAGCAACUCUAUCAUCGUCCAGCGUGAGGUCGAAAUCGUCCCAGGGAGUGAUGCGGGUGCCCCCGAGCACGAUUCCCUUGCUCAUGAUCUCGGCGAUGAAGCUCAAUUGGCCGAUUUUGUUGACCCUUCCUUGUUCCUGCCAGACUCGUCGAAUUCCUCCCACCCAGAUUCUGCUUCCUUCGAAGCACAUGCAAUGCUUCAGCGUUCACUCGACUACGUCGAUCCUGAACAGGACCAAGAAGAGAAUUCUAUCAUGUUUGACGCUGAUCUCGACAACUCCAAUGGUGCGGUCACGAAUAGUGCCAGUGAAGACCCAGACUCGGGUAUUGCUGGAAGUUCAUCCACAACCUCCACCGGAGCACCCGAUACUCCUGCUCCUCCUGAAGAGUCCCGCCUGCAGAAGAUCUCGGCAUGGCUAUGGCAUGUCGAUGACCAACAACGAGCUCCUCGGCGUCCCGAGACUCGAGAUAUGGAACGCAUUGUCGAAAACCUACUCGAUGAAGCUCCUUUUGUUCCUAAUCCACAUCAAGAACAACCGGGGAUUCUACCUCCUGUGUUGGAAGCUCCAGUACCACCCGCUAGAGAGCCAGCGGAUGUCCACGAUCCCAAUGCUGCAGAUGAUGCUGAUGACAUAGAUGGGAUUCUUGAGCUGCUUGGAAUGGAAGGACCUCUCUUCGGAAUGGUGCAGAACGUUGUCUUCAGCCUCUUUCUCAUCACUAUCACCCUGUCGGCCAGUGUCUGGUGUCCAUAUGUCUGGGGCAAAAUUGCACUCUUAUUUAUCUCCAACCCAGUGGGGAUGCUGAUCAAAGCUCCCCUCUUUGUCCUAUCUCGCGCAGCCGAUCUCGUGGUCGAUGUCAUUUUCUUUGCCGCUGGAAUCGCUGGAAUCAUGCUCAAUGCAUCUCUCAGGAUCAUACAGACUAGCGUUACACCUUUGUUUCCUGGUGCUAGCAACCUCGUGGACCUGGGUGCUGUCCACGAUUUCACGUUGGAGUUCAGCCAAAAGAGCAGCACGCGGUUGCAGAAGACCCUGGUUGGGGCCAUGCUGAAUCUGAAACCCGAUCUCCCGACAUUUUCUGUCUUAUCUCAUCACGCUCUGAUAUCUUUGAAGGCAUCUUUCUCUAGGACAGUGCUCUGGACCGCUUCGUGCAUCCUCCGAGCUCGCGCAUGGGCUGUCACCACGCCACUCUCGGUUGGCUCGGUUCUCUCUGGUUUCCUCGGUCUUAGUCGAUCGAUUCCUGGCGCUUUGACAGCCACGCGCAUUUUUUUCCAGUCGAAUUUCCAGGACUUAUAUUCCUUUGGGACCGGCUUCGAUCUGGGUUCGUCGGCAAGGCGCGCGCCUAUCGAUAGCUCUCUUGUGGCCUGGGGUACCGAGGACAGGAUUAUCACCAUCAUUAUCGGCUAUGCAUUUUUUGCAGCAGCUGGAGUGAUCUUCCUUGAGCUUGCACACCUCAUACUUGGCCUCAGAGAUGACGAAAAGGUUGAGGGAUAUUUUGCGGAUUGCUUGCGACAAGCUGGUGGGGUGAUGAAGGUUAUUGUCAUCAUAGGCAUUGAGAUGCUUGUUUUCCCACUGUAUUGUGGGCUGCUCCUCGAUGUUGCCCUGCUGCCACUGUUUGCGAAUGCCACAUUGACUAGCCGUAUCACCUUUUUGAUACGGGCACCUUUCACGGGGAUAUUUAUUCAUUGGUUCAUCGGGACUUGUUAUAUGUUUCACUUUGCAUUGUUUGUUGGAAUCUGCCGCAAAAUUCUUCGAAAGGGAGUCUUGUACUUCAUCCGCGACCCGGAUGACCCUACCUUUCAUCCAGUUCGCGAUGUUCUUGAGCGCCCUAUUCCUACGCAACUCGGUAAAAUCGCAUUUUCGGCGCUCGUAUACGGUGGCCUGGUCAUGCUCUGCUUAGGUGGCGUUGUCUGGACACUAGAAUGGAUUGGUGGUGUUCUUCCGAUUCAAUGGGCAACCCCCGAGCCAAAGUUGGCUUUUCCCGUCGAUGUCAUUUUCUACAACCUCAUGUUGCCUUUGAUCCUGCGGAAAGUUGACCCAUCCAAAAGAUUCACCGCUCUAUAUGAGUGGUGGUUUCGAUCAUGUGCCAAAGGAUUAAGACUCACGGCAUUCCUUUUUGGAGAUGAUCGUGAAGAGGAAAAGACCGGGAAGGGAUGGCCGAAGCCUUUCUCCCGUGCAGAAGUCCAACCUUCCGACACCAAUUCCCCUCAAAAUGGUACUUUCGUGAGGGCACCCGCUUCGGACUCGGUUCGGAUCCCCCGGGGUCAAAACGUGUUCUUGGAAGUCAACGAGCGCAACGAGCGCGUUGAUGGUCUGCCUGACCCCGACAUAGGUAUACAUGGCAAGAUAGAUAAGCGAUUCGUCACAGUAUAUCUGCCUCCAAACUUCCGGUCGAGAAUUGCUGCUUUCAUCCUUCUCCUGUGGCUCUUCGCUGCUUCAACCGGCGUUGCCACUACGAUUGGUCCAUUGCUACUUGGCAGGACGAUCAUGCGGUGGAUAUCGAAGUCUGAGCUAGCCCCUAAUGAUUUGCACGCCUUCACUCUGGGGAUUCACAUCUUCACUCUCGCAAUCUGUUGCGUCACGUUUUCAAAACCAGCCUGGGACUACCUCCGGAAAAAAUCACUCUACUUGUUCGGCCACAGCAAAGAUGCGCUUAUCCAAAUGGUUAGCUUCUCAAAAUACGUCUCUGGCUUAAUCUAUUUAGGGACCUUUACUGCUGUUGUUCUUCCUUGUGUGUUGAGCACUAUAAUCGAGCUGUACCUCCAUGUACCCUUGUUUACAUACCUAGACUCGGGGAACCAACUGUCCAAAGCCGGUAUUGGUGGGUCUUCGAAUGGUCAGAGAGCGACUAUCUUCAUCCUUCAGACUUGGACCAUCGGACUGUUGUAUCUCCGUCUGUGCCGAAGGCUCUUCCUUAAUUAUGUUGCACCAGACUCUCAAGCCAGCAUUGCUCUUCGCGCCAUUUUUCGGGACGGCGUUUGGCGACCUGAUGUUCAAUUGGCAAGCCGAGCAUUUGUGCUCCCCGCGACUUUCAUUUGCUUUAUAUUACUAGCAACUCCAUUGGCGGCUGCGAAGCUUGCCAUUAGUGCUUUGCGAGUCGAGGAGGCCGGGGCGCAGACAAGAAUAUAUCGUGCUGCAUACCCUACCCUCCUAGGCACUUGUCUUGUUUGGUAUGCUAUUUGGAUAUUACAGCGCCAGAUCGCAAAUUGGAGGGCUAAAAUCAGGGAUGAGGUAUACUUGAUUGGUGAGAGGUUGCACAACUUCCACGACGGAAAGCCUGAAAUGAGUGUGAACAAAACGGGGAAAGAGAUGUACCUGUGA